AUGCCCAACGUUCUUUCUCCUUCAUCGAAAUCGUACGCCCCCUUGGCGGACGAAGUCAACCCAUCCUUCGGCAACAUGGCUCCUGCUCCAGUGGUUACACGGAACGGGACCAUAGUUUAUGGCAAACGUUCAUUGUCGACACUCAGUACAUCUUCAGGCGAGUCAGAAGAUUUAGAAAGGGCAGGUGGGCAGCUACAAAGCCAAUCAGAGGAAACUCUUUCACCUAGUGCAAACCGAAAAGGGAAGGGGAGAGCCAUAGAUGAUGAGAUGGGAGAUGUUGGAGAGGUGCAUAGAACAAUAUCUGCCAAAGGCAAAGAGAGAGCUUGGGAUGUGGAACAAGGACCUAGGGAAUUGCACGAUCAGCAAGCAUCAGAAGGGGCAUAUCCACCUAUGAACGAGGUUGAAGAAGAGGAACGUAGAGUACAACAGAAUCUUGCUCGUUUUGCUGCCAAGGACAUGGCUCGUCGAAGAGCCGCUCGAGAGUCUCGACAACUCCCUCCGAACGCUGGUCCUUCAUCACCGAGAUCGUCAUCUUCCACAACUUCCUUCUCCCGUCGGCCUUUCUCAGUGCUCAGCACCAAGCCAAAUCGAAACAGUAUUAUGGGUAUGAUGGAAGGAAUAUGGCCGGGCUCGCCCAAGAAGGAUGAGGGUUGGAAUGAGGGAGAGCUCCCCAUGACACAUUCCCCUGUUGCUCAGAAUCAACCAUAUCCAAACCCCUACGACACCCAACCCUCAUUCUCCCCCGUACCUAAAAUGGUUGUUUCGCCAACCUCUCCUAAACACCCUUCACCAUUCGCUGACCCACCACCGCCCGCACCCAUUGCUGGGUCUUCUUCAAAUCAUCGCCGUCCCUCACUUGUCUCUGCGACCAGUAGCGGGUCAGCUCAAUCGCCCCUUUCUUCACCUACAGAUGGGCCAGGGUUCGCUUAUGGUGGACCGACUUGGAGAGGUGGUCAGGCCGUUCAAGAACAGGAGGAAGAAAAUCGCAAAUCCGACAAAUGGUGGCAUGCCCUAUGUGCAUGGGGAUCCGACCUCGAUGGAGGAUACGACGCGAACCAACAGGGAGGGCAAGUCGGUAGAACAAAUCCAUUUGAAUAA